AUGAGAAUCGUCUUCGACGCACCCUCUCAUGAACCUGGCACCAGCUCGCUCAAUGAUAACCUGAACACGGGACCCAACCUAAAUCCGGAUAUUAUGCCACUACUUAUGAACUUCCGCCUUUAUCCAGUAGCCUUGAUAUCGGAUGUACAGAAGGCAUUCCUCCAGAUCGCCAUACACGAGGAUGACAGAGACGCCCUUAGGUUGCUGUGGACUACUCCGGUAAACAGCAAGCCACUACCUAACGUUGAAACGCGGCGCAUGACAAGGGUGACUUUCGGCACGGCCCCUAGCACGUUCCUCCUGGCAGCCACGUUACAGCACCACAUACAGCUGUAUGCCAGCGAACAUUCGAGAUUAGCAAAGCUACUUGAAAACUCCAUUUACGUGGACGACGACAUUUUUGGUGCGGCGAACGAGGAGGAGGUAGCGGAGAUGUACGCCGAAACAUUACAGCUGUUUGGCAAGGCUUUCAUGAAGCUUCAAAAAUGGGGUUCGAACAGUUAUGCGAUGCGCACGAAGUCCGAACCGGAUGCUGUUUUAAUUGGAAACACAACGAAAGUACUCGGCAUUCCUUGGAACCAGGAGCAGGACACGCUGUCUCUCCCUCUUGACUUCCACUGCACUUCUGGAGAAUACAACGGCAUGACCACGAAACGAGAGGUGCUGCGCUCGGUGGCACAAAUAUAUGACCCAUUGGGCUUCAUCCUUCCGUACACCGUCCCCGGAAAUAUGCUCCUACAGGAAAUCUGGAAGCACGGGCUGGAGUUGGAUGCUCCGCUACCAGAUGACCUCGCUCGUAAAUGGGGCACUCGGCACAGCCAGCUACAGGACCUCAAAGACAUUGAAAUACCACGCUGUUACUCACCGGACAUGAGCACUGAGAUCCAGCCACAGCUACACAUUUUCUCUGAUGCUAGCCCCGGCGCGUACGGUACCGUUGUUUCUCUACGUCUCGGCGGCUGCGCGGACGGAUACAAAACGCAACUGAUCGCAGCAAAAUCAAGAAUAGCACCAGUGAAGGAGAUGACUCAAGCUCGUAUGGAACUACUUGGUGCACUGAUGUCAGCUCGUCUCUCCAGCUACUUGCGGGACAAUUUCAAGCUCACCACCUCCGACUACUUUUGGACAGAUUCAAUGAUUCCUUUGCAAUGGAUACGAGGGGACGCAAACCGCUGGCCGCAGUUUGUGCGCAACCGGGUCACAGAAAUUCAACAGAAGGUAGAGAAAGAGCGAUGGAGAUACGUGGGAACAGAAGCAAAUCCCGCCGACUUGUUGACGCGAGGAACUAGUCCCAAGGAAUUGCUACAGUCGAAGCUGUGGUGGAAAGGAGCAACAUGGCUGGUGGAAUCUGAUGACAAGUGGCCAUCUCCUGAAGUCAAUGAGACGACACAGACUCAUGUUCAUAAAGAGCAGAUUGCGCUCCAGACCAUCGCACCAUCGUGCUCGAAUCCGGUGAGGGAUCUGGAACGCUUUAGCAAUGUCAAUCACCUCCAUCGGAUAACCGCGUGGAUACUUAGAUUCAUCAAGAACUCCAGAGCAAUAGGUCGGUUCAACGGUCCCUUAAGCGCUAGUGAGAUUCAACAGGCCGAACGCUACUGGGUAAAGCAACAACAAGAAUCUGCAUUCGCGGACGAAAUCAGCGCACUUGGAGCCAACAGGGCACUUCAGCGAAUAUCGAAGGUGAAAGAUCUAAGGCCAUUUAUUGACGACGACGGCAUCCUCAGUCUUGGAGGACGAAUGGGCGGUAGUCGUCCCAUAGCCAAGUUUUCCGCUCCAGAGUGCGUGACACUUUAUUGCCGCUACGCGAAAGGUUCUGGAUACUCCGGGCACGACAACAAGUCAAGCGGACACUACGAGGAUGCGUUGCAUGCAGAAGGAACGACGCAAGGCAUCUGA